AAAGAAGAAGUGAGUGAGUUCACUUGCAGUUGUGUGUGUGUGUUUUUUCUUCCCCCUCCAGGUUAUGAUUGACAGAGUCAGCGGAGCUUCCUUCGGUCACAGGAACACGAAGCGCCGCAGCAUGGCGAGUCCAGACGGAGCGCAGAGUUUUCGCCACUCUCACACAGCCACAUCAUGUGGCGCCCUGUUGAGGAUUGUAUUUAUUGCUUUUAUUCACGCGGCGAGGGCAAAUAAGCAAGCAUUUAUUCAGUCAGACACAAUUUUAGAAGUUCUACAUUUUGGCGAGGGAAGCCUUUUACAGGCAGAGUCUGACAUUGAUUUUAGUUUAUAUCAUCAACAAAGCACAUCCCCGCACCGUGGGAAUUGCCGACCUAUACGUUUUGAACCACCAAUGUUGGACUUUCGUGAACAGCCUGUUGGAAUGCCAAAAAUGGAGAAGGUUUAUUUACAUAAUCCUAGUUCAGAAGAAAUUAGUUUGAUAUCAAUAUCGGCAACAACAGCACAUUUCCACGCAUCUUUUUUCCAGAAUAGGAUAAUUCCUCCAGGAGGGAACACGUCAUUUGAUGUUGUGUUUCUUGCUCGAGUAGUUGGAAAUGUAGAAAACACUUUAUUUAUUAACACAUCACAUCAUGGAGUGUUUACAUACCAGGUUUUUGGGGUCGGUGUCCCAAACCCCUACAGACUGCGACCCUUCAUAGGGGCUAGAGUCCCAGUAAACAGCAGUUUCUCGCCUCUGAUAAAUAUCCACAACCCAUACAGUGAACCACUGCAGGUUGUUGAGAUGUACUCCAGUGGUGGGGAUCUCCAUCUAGAGCUUCCCUCAGGUCAACAAACAGGCAUUUUAAAAUUAUGGGAGAUUCCUCCGUUUGAAACAAAGGGGGUAAUGAGAGCCAGUUUCUCAUCAAGAGAUGCAGAUAACCACACUGCUUUCAUCAGAAUAAAAACAAAUGCACCCAAUGAGGAUCAGUUCAUUGUCCUCCCUGUUGAGGUGGAGGUCACAUCAGCUCCUGGCAUAUACUCCUCUAUAGAGAUGCUUGACUUUGGUACGCUGCGAUCACAAGAUCGCCCCAAACAACUGAAUCUCCAUCUUUUAAAUUCAGGAGCAAAAGAUGUUCCAAUAACAAGUGUACGAACAACACCAUCCAAUGAAGCAGUUACAGUAGAUUUCAAGGCAAUCACCCUGAAAGCUGGGGAGAGUAGAUAUACCAAAGUGGCCAGUAUUAUUUUUGAUGCCUCUAAAGCGAGAAGACCGUAUCAGUUUUCUGGUAAAAUAACUGUAAAAGCAAAAGAAAAAAGUUACUCAAAGCUUGAAAUCCCAUACCAAGCAGAGGUUUUAGAAGGCUACUUGGGCUUUGACCACACAGCUACUUUGUUCCAUAUCAGGGACAGCCCUGUUGACCCAGUGGACAGACCCAUAUUUCUCACAAAUGCCUUCAACUUUGCAAUCUGUGUACACAAUGUGUCCCUUCCCUACGAGGCCAAAACCAUGUUUAAUGUGCAGAACUUCAGCACGCCCAUCCUUAUUCUUCCCCAUGAGUCACGCUACAUCUUCUCUCUCCUCUUCCGUCCCAUCAGACCCUCAGUUCACAUAGACAGUAAUAUCUUGCUAAUCACAAACGCCUCAAAGUUUCAUUUGCCUGUCCGGGCUUACACAGGCUUCUUAGAGCCUCUGAUCCUGCCUCCCAGUUUAAAGGAGAAUCUCUUGGACUUUGGUGUCCGCAGUGCCACAGACACCAGCAGCAUCACAUUUGUGGUGGUGAACAGUAAUCCCAUAGAGCUGGAGAUCAAGUCGUGGCUGGUCACAGGAGACAGUCUGUCCAUGGAGCUCCUGAAGACCGAGAAGGGGAACACAACAGUGGCUCGUAGUCGCCUCAGCGAGCUUCACAACACUUCAGUCUCCCAUCACAAAACAGUGAUACUGGCAUCAGGUUAUUAUGCAGCAUUCAGAGUGACACUGUUGGCCAAUGCAUUGGAGGGCGUGUACAAUGGAGCCGUUCACAUCACCACUGAUUAUGAGAUAUUAACCAUCCCAGUGAAAGCACUUAUUGCAGUGGGGACAUUAAACAGCUCUCCAAAACACAUCGUUUUGCCACCCUCAUUCCCAGGUAAAGUUGUUCACCAGAGCUUCAGUAUACAGAGUUCGUUCACACAGAAAGUGAGGCUGCAGCAGAUCCGCUCUCUGACAGAAGAUAUACGUUUCUAUUAUAAACGGCUCAGAAACAACAAAGACGAGUUAGAGCCCAGACGCAAAUCCAAGGUGGCAAAUAUUUAUUUUGAUGCCAGCUCGCAGUGUGGCGAGCAGUGCUACGUAGGCCUACCAUUUGUGCUUAAAUCUGAGUCCAAACCUCAUGGACUGGCAUUGCAGGAGGAUAUUUGGGAUGCUGAUGUAGAUCUUCAUCAAAAACUUCUUAGACGAUGGCAAGAGCUGAAAGAACAUUUGGGUCAUAAGAUCGAAGCUGUCUUUGAAGUUAACACAGACCUUCAGCAAAAUGUGCAAGCUAAAGUAACAGCACAGUUAACCUGGCCCUCAUUGGUUAACUCCUCACACCAAAUUACGUUUCCCCUGACCAAUACAAAUGGCUCUUCUGAAGAAGAGGUGAUCCUGCAAAACCCUGCGGAUGUCCCAGUCUUCGUGCAAGUUUUCCCUUUGGCUCUUUUACCCAAUCCCUCAGUGUUUUCAGGAAAACUGGCUGACAGGUGGUUACCUUUGGAGAACUUAUCCAACAUCAACAUUGACACAAACACCUUAGAGUUCCAGGUUCACAGAAAUCAAACAUCGUUAAUGAAGAGCAGGACAGGGUUUAUAGAGGGAUCAACUAGGCCCUUUGUGUACAAUCUGCUCCUCCGGCCCGGAGAAGUGAAAUCGUUCAAUGUGAGGUUCACUCCUGUUAGCAACCACAGUGUCUCUUCCUUUCUCAUAGUCAGGAAUAAUCUGACUGUGAUCGACACAAUUGUGCUGCAAGGACGAGGUACAACUGAGAGCCUCAAAGUUGCAGGGAAACUUCCUGGACAGGGCAACUCACUGAGGUUUAAGAUGACUGAAGCCCUGCUUAAAGAUUGCACAGAGAAAAUGAGAGUCAAGGAGCCAAACUUCACUCUCAGGAGAACAUUCAGAGUAGAAAACACUGGUUUGCUCCCAAUCACCAUCAGAUCAGCAGAAGUCAAUGGACAAGUUUGUGAAGGAUAUGGAUUCAAAGUUCUGAAUUGUCAAGAAUUUUCACUCAAGCCAAAUACUUCAAAAGACCUCAUCAUACUGUUUACACCUGAUUUCACUUCGUCACGAGUUAUCCGGGAGCUGAAAUUGAUCACAUGCGGGGGAUCAGAGUUUGUGUUUGUCCUGAAUGCCUCUUUGCCCUACCACAUGUUGGCAGCCUGUGCAGAGACCUUACCCAGACCCAGCUGGGAGCUGGAGCUCUACAUCAUAGUGUCUCUCAUUAUGAGUUGCAUGUUUCUGUUGGUGAUUGCCACAGCAUAUUUGGAGGCCCAGAGCAUAUGGGAACCUUUCAGGAGACGUGUUUCUGUGGAAUCCACUUCCAACUUGGAAACUGGGAGACCGUUUAAUCUCAGGGAAAUCGUGCAAAUUCACAGCGAGUCAAAGUUGAAUGAUUGCAACGACUCGACCCAGAAUUCUCGAGGAUUAUAUGGAUCCAGCAACGGGACGGCACGGAUGGUUGGAAGUCGACCAAGUAACAGUCGUUCAUUGUCAGACUCAGACAGCCAAGAUAAGAGACCCAGAAUUGGCUUUAACCGCUCACCUAUGCAAGUUACUUCCACUCCACUGAUCAAAGGAAGUACGACCUCAGGCCAAGAGGGCUUGUCCCCCGGGUGCCAGCUCACUAAUAGAAAGGCACGAAAUACCAAGCAGCCAGAUGUCCAGAGUCCAACUUUAGCCGGACCACCUUUGCCCCAUAAAGGCCUCUGCCCUGAGGAUGCAGAAUAUGCAAAUUUAAUAGGUGCUAUGGACAAUGACCUGGACCGUCCAGAGCCGUUGAUGACUGAGGGUCCACAGGAGCAGAGCUCUCAAUUGAUACAAAACAAAGUACUGGACUGCAAAGAGAAGCUGCGGGGUAAAACCAAAGCUCAGAAAAAGAAGGAAGAGAAAGACAAAAAACUGGCCAAGUGUCAAGGAGAUGAGCUAAAAGAUAGCCUGGUUGACAAUGACGACAGUUCUUCAACUACCACAGAGACUUCCAAUCCAGAUGUAGAAACUAGCAUCAAAGAGGAGCCAGUAAAAAAGAAAGGAAGGACAGUGGCCACUGGAACUGUGAAAGAGGAAUCUGCAAAUUUCCUAAUCAAACCCAAAGCCAAGAAACAAGGAACUACAAAGAAAGACAACCAGAUAGAAAAAUCCAGUUCUCUUGAGCUGCCGUAUGUGACACCACUGGAGACCAAACAGCGUAAGAGCUUCACAUCCAAAGCUCUCCACUCUCUUACCAACAUCCCAAAGUCCAGGAACAGCCUGCAGAAACAGAGAUUAGAUGGAAAGCUGGAGGAUGGACAUCCUUCUGUCUUCGUCAGUAGCUCAGUGUCCGAGUUGGGCCAUAGCAGCAGCUCUGAAGGCGAGAAGGAGUUUGCUUCCCCAGAAUGGGAUCUCCCCAUUUCCAAAAACGCAGUGUCUGCAGAUAGCCUUCAGCAGAUCUCCAUCCAGACCAUGAAUGCCGAUCCUUUUCUGAAGCGAUCCAUUCCACCCACAACGUCCUCCCCUCCACCGAUCUCCCCCAGCUUACCGUCCCGAGUCACCUACAGCAGUGUACUCAACAACAGCAGCAGUGAGGGGAACCUGAGGAAGGCUCCAGGGAAUAAGGCCUCUGCAGCCACUCCACUCCCAGGCAAAAAUGGGAACCCCACUUUUGCUGCUGUGGCUGCAGGUUAUGACAAAAGCCCAGGUGGCCCAGGUAAAACUGAGAACCAAGGGAAGUGUCUUGCGCACAUGCCAUCUGUUGAAAGUGAUAGCUCUGACAGCUCUGGAUUGUGGAGUCCUAUUGAUACAGCCAGCAGCCCAAACUUCAGUUCUGCCAACUCGUUCUCUGCAUUUGGACCCAACAAUUCCUUCAAUCUUACAGGAGUUUUCAGUGGCAUGAACUUUCCAAAGUCUUCUGAGCCUCAGCACAGCUGGCCUGAGUUCACCACUGUACCCUCCUCCAUAUGGGAUAUCCCGAGCAGUAACUCUCUGCACUCCUGGGCCAGUAGCUCCAGCUCCCCAACUGCCCCAACUGCAUCACUCCUGGGAAACACUCGCAGUCCCUGGUCGACGACGACUCCCUUCAGCAGUUCCAUUUGGUCAACAAGUGCAGAUGCAGCUUUGCAUCCUUUUUCUCCAUCUGUCACCACAACAACCCUGACUGACACAGCAAACAGUCCCGCCCCAUCCACUCCAGCUCACACUGAGAUGAGUCGAACCUACAACCCGUGGAGCAUGUGGCGCCCCACUCUAAGCAGGCGGAGCUCUGAGCCUUGGCCAAGCUCUUCCGACAAUGGCAGUUAAACAGCCAUGACUGCACUUAAACAGAAUGUGAUGGACUCAAUGUUAACUAAGACUCCCAACAGAAAGCAGCGUUACAUGAAAUGUAACAAUUUGUAGGUUACCAGCCCUGUAUUUAGUUUACUGCAGUUUUUUUAUUCAUGAGGGCAGAAAUGCAAACUUUUAUUUGGAUUUGUUUUAACAGGUGCCCUUGAUUUACAAAUGUUGAUGCCAAUGCACGUAUUAUCAUUACAGAUAAUUGACAGCUGCUGCAGUCCUUCUGAAAUUUUGGUGCAUGGCACAGAAUCUCUGAAGUUCAGUAUUAAUGGUGGAACAAAAAAGUUUUAAUCCACGCGUCUUCUGUUUUCACAAAUUGGUGUUUUUAUUGCUGUUGGGACAUGUCAAAAUUGGUUUCAGAGGUUAAAUUUGCAAAUUCUUAUUGCACUGGGCUUUUAUUUUGUGCCCUGAUAUUUUAUUUAGAAUUGCAAGGCCAAAAAAAUUAAACUUUCAUGUACCCGUUAAGUGAGCUCUGCCCAACAAGAAACAAGCCAGGAAAACAAAUUGGUCAGGUGAUCAAACAGUACUUAAGUUUGAGGUUUGUACUGUGCAUUACCUCUAUUUGUCAGUUAAAUAAAGGAUUUCAGCAAAGCA